AUGACAUACUAUAAAAAUAACGACGGGCCAGAGCCGGAGCCGGAGCCGGAACCCCCUGAGCACGACUACGUGCUCGCCGAGCUGGUGCCAGACCACGUCCUCGAGAACAUCUUCAGCCGCGUCGACGUGCCCGACCUGCUGGCCUGCGCGCUCACAUGCAGGACCUGGGAGUUAGUGCUGCGCAAUGAGAACAACCCCGUCUGGAGGACACACUGCAAACGAAAGAUGCCCCUACGUCUGUGGCAAUCCAACAUCCUCAAAAACGUUCCCACCUUCAAGAGCAAGCUCCGCGCUCACUACCACGCGUGGAACCCCAAGGAUUGCUCCCGACACAUUGGUAUUAAGAAAAACGGAUUCACUUUCGUGCGCUUACCGUUUGUGCAGAGCACAGACGGUGUCAGGGGCAAAAUAGGUUAUGAUUACGGGCGUCACGCCUGGGAGGUGAUUUGGGAGGGACAGCUGGGGACGAGCGCGGUUAUCGGGGUGUCCACUAAAGAUGCGCUUCUUCACUUCCCGGAGUACGUGGCACUGCUGGGCUCCGACGAGGAGGGGUGGGGCUGGAACGUCGUCAGCGACCAGCUGCUGCACGGAGCUAAAGUGGUUCGAGACUACCCAGGGGGCCAUCCCGUACCAAGGGUUGAGGUCGGAGACCGCGUUCGCAUCAUUCUGGACUGCGAGGAGCACACGCUGGCGUUUGAGAAGAACCACAUGUUUAUGGGGCUCGCUUUCACCGGCCUGCCGAAGAAGAAGAUGUAUCCCACAGUGUCGACUGUGUACGGUAACACUGAGGUGACCAUGGUAUACCUCGGCCAACCAUUGGAUGGUUAG